AGAUCUAUUUCUAUCCCCCCCGGAACCCUCCGCCCCUUCCCCCCUCUAAAUCUCUCCGCCGCCUCGCCGCCCUCACCCUCUCCCUCACCCUCGCCGCCGGCCCCCAGCCCCGACUCCACCACCCACGAGAUGACGUCCCCGGCGCCAGCGCCGCCAGCGGCCGCCGCGGCGAAGUCCCCGCCCCCGCGCAUCGGCCUGGCCGGCCUCGCCACCAUGGGCCAGAACCUCGCCCUCAACAUCGCCGAGAAGGGCUUCCCGAUCUCCGUCUACAACCGCACCGCCGCCAAGGUCGACUCCACGCUCUCCCGCGCCGCCGCCGAGGGCGCGCUCCCCGUGCUCGGCCACCGCGACCCGCGCGACUUCGUGCUCUCCCUCGCGCGCCCCCGCACCGUCGUCCUCCUCGUCCAGGCCGGCCCCGCCGUCGACGCCACCAUCGACGCCCUCUCGCCCUACCUCGACGCCGGCGACGCCAUCGUCGACGGCGGCAACGAGUGGUACCAGAACACCGAGCGCCGCAUCCACCAGGCCGCCUCCCGCGGGGUGCUCUACCUCGGCAUGGGCGUCUCCGGCGGCGAGGAGGGCGCGCGGAACGGCCCCUCGCUCAUGCCCGGCGGCGACUUCCAGGCGUACGCCAACGUCAGGGACAUCCUCGAGAAGGCCGCCGCCCAGACGGAGGACGGGCCCUGCGUCACCUUUGUCGGCCCCGGCGGCGCCGGCAACUUCGUCAAGAUGGUGCACAACGGGAUCGAGUAUGGCGAUAUGCAGCUCAUCGCCGAAGCCUAUGACGUGCUCCACCGUGUUGGUGGCCUCUCAAACUCGGAGAUAGCUGAUGUCUUUGCUGAGUGGAACAAGGGAGAGCUGGAGAGCUUCCUGGUUGAGAUUACUGCAGACAUAUUCACAGUUGCCGAUCCUCUCGAUGGGAGCACCGGCGGGGCGCUGGUUGACAAGAUUCUUGACAAGACCGGGAUGAAGGGGACUGGGAAGUGGACGGUGCAGCAGGCGGCGGAGCUGGCAGUUGCUGCGCCCACGAUUGCGGCAUCCCUCGAUGGGAGGUACUUGUCGGGGCUCAAGGAUGAGCGAGUUGCAGCCUCAAGUGUGCUAGCUGAAGAGGGGAUGCCAACUGGUCUUCUGGAGAAGAUUAAUGUCGAUAAGAAGGUGCUGGUGGACAAUGUCAGGCAGGCACUUUAUUCGUCAAAGGUUUGCAGCUACGCACAGGGGAUGAAUCUGCUAAGAGCCAAGAGUGUGGAGAAGGGGUGGAAUCUUAACCUUGCAGAGCUUUCAAGGAUUUGGAAGGGUGGAUGCAUUAUCCGGGCAAGGUUUCUUGAUAGGAUUAAGAAGGCUUACGACAGGAACCCUGAGCUGGCCAAUUUGAUUGUCGACAGGGAAUUCGCCAGGGAGAUGGUGCAGAGGCAAGGCGCAUGGCGGUGGGUUGUGGCCCGGGCAGUAGAGGCCGGGAUUAGCACUCCAGGGAUGUCUGCGAGCCUUUCAUACUUUGAUACCUACAGGUGCAACCGGUUGCCUGCAAAUCUGAUCCAAGCACAGAGGGACUUGUUUGGGGCACACACCUAUGAGCGCAUUGACCGCCCAGGUUCUUUCCACACCGAGUGGACUAAGCUGGCGAGGGAGGGCAAGUGAAUGACAUUGCAGCCAUCUGAGGAAUUCGGUGGCACCAUAUGUGGUCUCAGUGACUCAGGGUGAUGUCUCUUCGUGGUUCUCUUUGAUUUAUCUAUUGCUGUUUUUGCAAUACGAGAAAUGAAUUGUGUACCUUGAAUAAUGUAGUGUCUUGUGCUGAAUGCACGUGAAGAACAUUUGUGUAGCUUCAGGUUCUAUGGUUUAGAUACACCCAGUUUCAUCCACUCAUAAAUUUGGAAUCAAUGGUUUUAAUGCCUCAAA